CUGCAGUACUCAACCUCCCUGCUCCUGCUCGCCUUGUGCUCCGGCUGCACAGUGAACAGUCACCUGGACUAACCCCAGUUUGUAGGAGAGCUAAGGAGACUGGCCGAGGGAGAGGCCAGCAGGCUAGGGCAGGGCAGGGACUAAGCACACUCUCUCGUCUCCCAUGUUCUACUCUCCUGCUGUAUAUCCCUGCCACUCACCUACCUCAGCAGCCUGGCAUGGCUAAAGCAGAACUGCAGAUUUACAUAGCUCUACCACAGGGCCUCUGAUCAGACACUGACAACAGCCAGACACCCCCCAGAUAUAUCCACUGGCCUGUGAUGACCAGCAGGUGACCAGUACUGGGAACAGGUAAGGGGAAGGUGUGAAGUCAGAAGCAGCCGCCUUAGAGGACAACCAUGUGAAUGGUAGCUUCCCUCUUCCUCAACGCGGCCUAUUGUUCAGCCAGCACUACAGCACAGUGUUAGAGCUAUUGGCCACAGCCAGUAAGUGAGUAGGAUGCCACACUGGACAGCUAUAGCCCAGGUACAAAACUAUAUCUAACAUUACCGCUGACUCAAACUGAAUGUCUUCCCCAUGGAGAAGCAGACAACAUAGGUAGUUGUUCUCGGAUCCUUGUGUAUGGCUGCCUGGUUAGGUGAGCCUUAGCUGGCAGACACCUGACCCUAAGGCGGACAGGACGCAUUGGUGGACAGAGGACAACAAAGGCUGACAACCUAACCACGGUAAACUGCGACCCGCCUGCCUGCUGAGCUGUUCCCGACACUCCCCUGAACUUCUGGCAGUCAGCAGGAAAAGAGUUAUACUGACAACAGCUUAAUACAACUUAAUCGAAACGGAACUUGAGGUUACCUGGCCAAGCCUAACAAUGGCUAUGAAUCAGGGCUUAAAUGAGGUCCAGUGAGAGUAGAUCACCACAGUGGAAAGAGGCCUAGAGGCAUAACUAUACACACCUGUGGACUAGAGGAGAACCAACACAAGACUCAGGAGUUUUGUGUAUACUCUGUGCCUGUUACUCUACACAACUCUGCUCAUUAUGUAAUCCAGGAGAAAUGGUGACAGGUGGUUUUACCUGACUUCAAACAACACACUUUGUCUGAUACAUGCGGCUAGUUGACAUGUAGUAUUGCAACUCUCAGCACCUACCCCAACUAAGAUUGGACCCCUAAUAAGCUGGCUGUGCUAACUACAUCAGCCAGGACUUGUGUGGAGAACAAUAGGUUUGACGGUGUAAGGAACAAAACCCAACACACAGUGACCUGCUCAUUUACUUGCAGACAGAGGGCCUCUCAUUCAGCGCUUAUUGAUAUGUAAAUGAGUGCUUUGUCUCUUGAGUUGGUGUAUAUUAAUUGAGCUCACUGGGAAGCAGGCUGGUGUACAGUGGGACACCCCUAGUGGGACAGGCAGGGAGGUGGACAAAAGUGGGAUAUCACCUGGAUAACACCUGCAUUUCAGGCUCACAUAAUCAUACAGGCUAAUAUGACCAAGGUGAACUUGGGUGAUACUGCAGUACAGUGCAAAUGAGAAGCCCAAGUGUAGCAGGCAUACCACACUGACAGCACAGACAUGGUGAAUGCCUUAUCCCUGGUGCUGUCUUGUGAGAAGUGAUGAUCUGAUCGCCCCAGCUGUUGAGGGCAAGCCAAGGCACUCUAACCUUUUUACCCAUCCUCACUUGUAUGUGUGUUGUGAAAUAUAUGUAUUGCCAACCUAUGCUUAGGCUUACGGAGCAAUCCUUCCCCCGAGGACCCGUCUUUUCCAGAGCUGUCAUUUGAGAGCUCAGAUAAAAGGCUUGAUUGCUGGAAUCGUCCCAGCUCUGUUUCUCUUGAAUCAUUCACAACAUUAUGAUUUCCAGGUGGAAAAAAAUAUAAGUGCCGUUAAGUUUUCCUCUCGGCUAGUGUUGGAGGAAGGGAAGCUCUGGGGAUAAUCUAGUAGCACUGCGUCUUUGGUUGGGACACGUCAUCAACCCAGCUGUAACAAUGUCGACUGGGAAGAGAAGCGGCAAGCACAAAGUGGCGAUUGUCAGCGCCAACCUGGAGGUGGUUAGCCAAGAAAAGUUUAACAAGAGAUUAGAAGGCCUGUCCUCCUCGUGUGCAAAUUGUCAGCGGGAGCGUGCAAAAUCCAAACCAGGUAACAACAAACAGAAGAGAAGGCGAAAACAAGCCAAAGCAAACACACCAAUUGUCAUCAAGCUAAAAGACACACUGAAAGCUGCAAUCCAGCAGAAAUAUCCAUCUUUGCCGUUUCCUUCAGGAGAUUGCCCAUCGAGUGAACGACAAAAACACAAAAGUUCACGUGCUCUUUGGGAUAUUAAGAGUCAAGAAUCAAAAUUCUCUGAGGAGAUGAGUGUUCAUACAAAUGGUGCUAGACUUCACACUCCCCACCACCAUCAUUUUGAAAAACAUUGGUCCAAAGACGAGAAGAACUUUGCCAGCUUUUUGUCAGUUAUAGAAAAAGCCCACCAGAAAGACAGCAAUGGUGUUUUGGACUGGAAUCUGGACCUAGAGAGUCAGAGCAAAUAUUCCAAUCUGGUUCUCCAUCGAGAUAUGGUGCUGAACAAUGAAAAAUACUCAGACCUGUACAAACGGGGCAAAGAAAGCUCAAAACGCCGCAGUAUUGUAAACUGUGAAAACGUUGAUCUCAUAUGCAAUGAUUUGACUAAUCUUAGCGAUCCUGGCACAGAGAGCACAGAAGACUCGGAAGUGGAACUUUCUUCGGUGUUAUCCAGCUCAGAACACCAGUCCGACUCGGAACUGUCCGUCGGCGGUGAAUCAAGCUCUUUUGAACUUUCCAAAGAUGAGUUGGAGAGGCUGGCGGAGUACACAACUGGGUUCCCGCUCAUUCGGUAUGAUUGUGCUCCAUCCGAGUGUCCCCAGUGCCUGGCCGCUGCCUACUCAGCUCAGUAUUACGCUGACCAAGACAGUAUUGUGGAAUUUGACUCCCGGAGGCGCCAUUCGGGCCAGAAGGGACCUGUGUCUGUGAGUUUGGCCGAUUGUGAGACGGCCGCUUCUAGCUCGCGUGGGUCGGACAGUGAGUGUGAGGAUGACAGCAAUGCACAGGCCCAGCUAGCACUCUCGCAUCUAACAGGUGAGGACAGCGGGGAUGAGGACAUUUCUCUCCCUUACACAGCAGGCAGUGCCCUUUCAGUUUCGAAAUCCAGCGGGGUGGCCAAGUUAGAGAAACAGCUGUGCGAUAUUGAUGUGAUUGGCUGGAAGCGGUCAGCUGGUCAAAAGUCUGAGGACCAACCAUUGAACAGUGUCUACAUCGACCUAACAGACACGGAUGUUACAUUCACUGUGUACUAUCAUCACAAACUGCCCAUUGGCAAACAGUCGUCCACAUCAGCAUGUACUGAGCUCUAUGCACACUACAUAUCGCCCCUGGCCAUGUUGUCGUCAUCCUCUUACCCCGCUCAUGUAUGUUACCACCCGUAUUAUACCAUGCCAUUCCCAGCCAUUCCAUCUCCGUUGUAUCUACCACCAGACAACUCCGUGCCCAAGUUACUCAUGGUGCCUCCAAGUGAACUGCAGAAUUUCACUGCCACAACACCUCCCCAGCGUCAGUGGAUACCCUUGGCUCACCCUGAGAGGAACAAACCUACAGCCUUUUUCACGGUGAUGUGCUACAAUGUCCUAUGUGAUAAAUACUGUACAAGGCAGCUGUAUGGGUACUGCCCCUCCUGGGCACUCAAUUGGGAAUACAGGAAAAAGGGCAUCCUGGAGGAAAUCAAGAACUACAGUGCAGACAUCAUCAGUCUUCAGGAGGUGGAAACAGACCAGUUUUACAACUUCUUCUUGCCUGAGUUAAAGCAUGAUGGUUACGAUGGGAUUUUCUCUCCCAAGUCUCGAGCCCGGACCAUGACAGAACACGAACGCAAACAUGUGGACGGCUGUGCCAUCUUCUUCAGGACAUCCAAGUUCAGCUUGCUGAAGGACCACCUGAUAGAAUUUAACCAGCUGGCCAUGGCAAAUGCUGAGGGCUCAGAUGAGAUGCUGAACAGAGUGAUGACCAAGGACAACAUCGGACUGGCUGCUCUCCUGGAGACCAAAGAAGCUGUGUAUGAAAAUGGUAAGAAAGGUGCCCCUACUGAGGCUCAGCUGCGCCAGCCCAUCCUAGUGGCCACCGCUCACAUCCACUGGGACCCUGAGUUCAGCGACGUUAAGCUCAUCCAGACGAUGAUGUUGAUGUGGGAGCUGAAGAACAUCAUCGAGGAUGCCCGAGGCACAGUCUCUACUAGUCAACCCAUAUCCGUCAACUCCACCCCGCUCAUCCUCUGCGGUGAUCUCAACUCUCUACCUGACUCAGGUGUUGUUGAAUACUUGACCAGUAGUAAAGUUCCUUUCAACCAUAUGGACUUCAAGGACAUGGGGUACGAAUCCUGCCUGCAGAAGCUGAACUUCACGGACAACAAGGAAGCCCUAACCCAUGACUUCCGGCUGGCACGGGCCUAUGACAAUGACAUCAUGCCUCACACAAACUAUACGUUUGACUUCAAAGGGCUGAUUGACUACAUCUUCUACUCGCGGGACUUCAUGAACUGUCUGGGCGUGCUUGGGCCUCUGGAGGAAGACUGGUUCAAGGACAACAAAAUCCUGGGCUGUCCUCAUCCCCACGUUCCCUCUGACCACUUCCCCCUCUUUGUGGAGCUUGAGAUGCCCCUACCCACAUCCGGGGCAAACAGGCCGUCAACCAAUAACCACAGCAAAUUGAGAUAGUGGGCGGGUAGGCACAGAUUGUUGGAUGGAGGAGCAGGCAGGGAACGGUUGUCACAUGGAUUUCUCCUUCCCUCCACAAACUCUCCAGGGAGCCCCACAUUUUAGUGCAUGCACACAUCACCCCAUUCAGCAACUAACAUAUCAUGGUACACAUUAAUAUUAUCAGAAUAGAAACACUUUGGGGAAAUUUUUAUGUCUUGUGCAAUGCUUUCAAACCCAAUAGUUGUUUCAGAAACAUUAAAAUUCAUCAAUUUUGUACAUAGGAAGUCUGGUUAUUUUCUCCAUGAGAUUUGCAUCAAAACAGAUCAUGUGAAGUCUCCUUAAUGCUGAGAUUGGUCGAGAUUCAGUUAUCAAUCAAGAUUUCCUUCAAGGCGUAUAGUCAGUUAAGUCCCAAGAGUUGAGUUGUGGAUAAAAGUGUAUAGGUAUGAGGUGGCACUGGAGGAGGAAGGGAGUGUUGCUGGGAGGUGGAAGGGGAUGUCAUUGGGUGAGGGGAAAAAGGGUGUGGCUGGAAGAUGAACAGGUGUGUGGCUGGGAGAUGGAAAAGGUGUGUGAUUGGGAGACGGAAAAAGGGCGUGGCUGGGAGAUGGAAAAGGGGCGUGGUUGGGAGAUGGGAGAGGUAUGGCUGGGACAGGGGAUAUACUGGCGUAGUCUUCUCGGAGAGGAGGGUUGACAGGGUUGCUCUUAGCGUUAGACUGAUGAAGCAUUUCAUUGGCCAGCAGUUACAUUUGCUUUUCCUGCAACAUAAUGUAUCUCAGAUUAUUAAAGAGAAAUUCAUUUAUGAAAUGACAUUUUCUAGUGUGCGACAUGUUAACAUCAAAGGCACGAAGUAACCUCAAGAACUAGGAUAAGUACACUAAAGCUGACAUCAUUUUGGGACCAGAUGCCUUAGUUUGUAUAUUUUAAUUGUCAUUUUCAUUUUGCAUGAAUUUCAGAAAGAUUUGAUGACCAGUUUGAUAGAAUCUUUGAAGUAAACAAAAAAUAGUUUGUACAAAGAAUUAAGGUUGUACAAGAGGGGAGGAUUCCAGACAUACCAUCUCACAAAUGUGAUUGUUCAUGAUGUUCAGGGACUCUAGAACAGUUUUAUGAUGCGACAUUUCCUCAUGGAGACUACAGUACAAGAUAGCUUAAUGGGAAAUCUGUGAGAGAUGUUUUGGGGAUAAACUAUGUGGGGAUGCGUUAGGGGGAUUGAGGAAUGACACAAAGGGAACAAAACUUUUUUUAUGGACAAACAAAUCAGGGGAUGUGUUUUAUUUUAGUUAUGCUUCAAAGGAAGUAUUUUUUUGUCUAUAAUUAUCAGAUUUUUGCUUGAUGCAGCUUCUUAGAUGUUCUGUUUUAGCUGUCCUGUGACUAUAGUCUGUAAAAGUAGCAUUCAUAGUAAAAGUGUUGCUCUUGUGAAAGCUGGUCACUUUAUGGUCACACAGUAUAGUGACCGACUGGUGACCAUCUUGCCAGACCACACACACUGCCACUGACCAGCUCAGUAUUCUCUGACCAGCUUUCCUUGUGGUAGUGGCCAGAUGCUUGUUUAGAUCAAUGUCAACAAGCUAACCUCAACUUUGAUAUUAAAAUCCUGCUUACAAUCUUGUAUUUCAGUCAGAUUUUGCACAGGUUUUUUUUUGCUUUGUUUUUGCCGAUAAUUUGUUUUUUCACAAAUCAAGUAAAAUUGUGUGUGGAAUGUUUUAAAAUAGUGGCAACAAAGAAGGAAUAUUAAAUAACCAGUUUGUUGCAUUUUUUAAUUUGAGUAGACUAUAUGAUCGAGUUUUGUGAAGAGAAUGCAUCAAAUUUUAUUGACCUUAUAAAUCAGCUUCAUGAAGUGAGUAAAUCAAGGUUUUCCUUCAUGUUCUGCUACACGAAGCAGAACACGAGUCGCACACAUGGUCCUUGGUGACAGCCUGCUGGUGCGAGGGGUGGUCCCCACAGCCCUGUCCAUUGCCCUUCAGUCAUAUGGCAGAGUGUACUUCAUUGAUAACAGGCAGCAUGGUCAGAAGACUAUUUUCAUAUGGUAUUAUAUAUGUCGAUGUUGUCACAAGUUGUAGAUCUGACACAGCACACUUUGAUCUCAGUGAGGUAGAUUUUUAACCACUUCAUCCAGACACUACUUUAACUUUUUAAAUGUUAUUCUCUCAUUACCUUCACUGAAUGUACUCUCACUCAUCCACCCAAGCCUGUUUUACUUGAAAUGGUGUCACGCUUUGAGUGAGCACCAUGACUGUUAAAGGAUUUUAGUUGCAGAGCACCAUUCUGACAUGCUAAGCUAUAUCUUGAUGCAGCUUAAAAUUCUUUUACAUUUUGAUGUUGUUGGUUUGUCCCAUGUAGGUUUUGUACGUGUGUGUGCCAGUGGGCAGUGUAGGUGUAAUGUGCAGUUUUAUAUCACAGCCUAGCCAGGGAGUCAAAAAGCUUUGUGGGACACUGUGUAGAAUGUACGUUUUCUGAGACUGCCGCCGAAUUAGUUCUCCAAUUGUAAUGGCCUGAAUUUAAUUACAGUAGAUGCUUUCAAAAUGCUUAAAAUAGAUGCCUUAUUGCAUUUGCAUUGGUAGCCAGCCAAAAUGGAUAUUAUAUGUUGGGUUGUUCUGCAGCCUGUUGAGGGCAAGUCAGUUUAUUUAUGAGGACAGCAGAGGACUUUCGGAAAAUGCCUAUUUCUGCCACCAGAGGUAGUCAGACUUUACACAUUCCCAUUCAUAUGGCCACUUACAUUAUCUCCCCUUGGCAGUUAGACCUAUUUGUAUAUUUUGUGUCAAAUGUCUUUGAAAUGCAAAUAAAGAAUUGA